UUCAACAACACGGCUACUGAUUCAUUCACCUCGGUGGCUUGCUAGCCAACAUGAAAUCGAAACAUUGAAGGUCUAUAUACCAUUUUUUUGUAGCUACACAAAUCCCAGUGAUUUUAAACACAGUUCUGUUAACGUAUCUGCUAGUUCAUUUAAACGUAAUUUGCAAAUGUGUUACCGAGCCUAGCACCUAGGCUAGUCGCUAAUGCUAAUUUAGCUAGCUAGCUAACAUCCCCGACCAUGACCUCACAAAGCUACUCCCCCCCUGCUAAAGAAGAAGAGGAGGUCUGCUGGACGGAGAAAGAAGCUCCGGGGCUGAACGUUGUCGUUAAAGAAGAAGAGGAGGAUAUUACAGUGAAAGGAGCAGAAGAAGCUUUUCGAAUCAGGAAGGAGGAAGAGGAGGCUAUCACAUUGAACGAGGAGGUGGAUGUUACAGUGAAAGAAGACAAAUCGUUUGUAGUGAAAGAGGAAGAGGAGUCUGUCACAGUGGAAGAGGAGGUAGAAGCUUUCAGAAUCAAAAAGGAGAUAGAGGAGGCUGUCACAUUGAAAGAAGAACCUUUUGGAGUGAAAGAGGAGGAGACUGAAGAUCCGAUUAACAACAAUCCAAAUACGAGGCAAUAUGCCGUUUUCUGGCCCUCCCAGGGCUCCACAGUGGAAGAGGACAUCAGAAAGAUACAAGGAGAAUCUAAUGUGGCACCCAUGAAUCCCAGCCAGUUUGGUGAUGAUGAUGAUGCUAUUCACUGCGAUGAAGAAUGGGACAUGAAGGACAAGGAUUGGCUUCCUAGCAACAGGCUGAAGGUGGAGUCAGCUCCAGAGAGGCACACCCCAGAGCAGAGGGAGAGUGGUGACAUGUCUUUCCCUCUUCCGGAGUCCCCAGGUUGCGCCUCUCCCACUGUUGCCUUACUGUGGGGUCUGAAGAGGGUGUCUGUGUGGCUGGUGGACUGCAGGAAAACACCGGGGCUGAGUGGAACUGUGAGAGGAGGAGAAGAGGGAGAUUCAGUCUCAAGUGAAAGCAAAGACUCAGAGGAACCAGAGCCAAAGACGUCCAAACCAGCAAGACGACACCACUGCGCCCAGUGUGGAAAGAGUUUUACCCGGUUAGGGUCCCUGAAAAGGCAUGAAGGAAUACACACAGGAGAGGAGACUUACCACUGCUCCCAGUGUGGAAAGAGUUUUACCAGGUUAUUUAGCCUGAAAAGACAUGAGAUGAUACACACAGGAGAAAAGCCUUUCCACUGCUCCCAGUGUGGAAAGAGUUUUACCCGGUUAUGGCACCUGAAAAUGGAUGAGAGAAGACACAGAGGAGAGAAGCCGUUCCACUGCUCCGAUUGUGGAAAGCGUUUUACCCAGUUAGGGAGCCUGAAAGAACAUGAGAGAAUGCACACAGGAGAAAAGCCCUUCCACUGUUCCCUUUGUGGAAAGCGUUUUACCCAUUUAGGGAGCCUGAAAGGACAUGAGAGCAUGCACAGAGGAGAAAAGCCCUUCCACUGCUCCCAUUGUGGAAAGAGUUUUACCCGGUUGGGGCACCUGAAAACACAUGAGAGAAUACACACAGGAGAAAAGCCCUUCCACUGCUCCCUGUGUGGAAAGAGUUUUACUCAGGUAGGGGCCUUGACAAAACAUAAGAUAAUACACAAAGGAGAGAAGCAUUUCCACUGCUCUCUGUGUGGAAAGAGUUUUAUCCAGUUAUGGAGCCUGAAAACACAUGAGUGGACACACAUAAAAGAGAAGCCUCACCCCUGUUCCCAGUGUGGAAAGAGUUUCACACAGUCAAGAGACCUGAAAAAACAUGAGCUAAAACACUCCGCAGAGAAGCCUUGAAAGAAUCCACAUCGAAGUGAAAUAUAUAUUUCUCCCAGUGUGGAAAUACAGUGGGGAGAACAAGUAUUUGAUUCACUGCCAAUUUUGCAGGUUUUCCUACUUA